GGGGGGCGCCGCUCGCUAGGCAGCAGGAGGUGACCAUCAUGCGGCUGCUGGCCGCCCUGGCCGCCACCCUCUACACCGCCUUCCCCACAACCAUACAGCAGGACCGCAAGCUGCUCGCUGACGCCUCCCGGGAUGCAGCGGCUGCUGCUGCCGCCGCCACCCUCACCUCCUCCACCCUCACCGCCGCUGCUGCCAACAACCCUCCUAACAACAACGGUGCCGCUACCAACAGCAGCAACAGCUGUGGCAGCAGCAGCAGUAGUGCUGCGGGCGGCCCGCCUGCCGAGUGGGGCGGGAACGGCUGGGCGCUGCUGCCUGCAGAACACCCCGCACGACACGCAUGGCAGCAGCAGGGGCCUGAUGGUGCCUCCGCAGCCGCUGCCACUGCCGCUGCCGCUGCUGCGGGCGACCUGGCUGCGGCGGUGGGGUUCCGAGUGGGUCUGAAGGGCACUCUGGAGGGGGCGCUGCUGGCGGUGCGGGCGCGGGGGAAGCAGCUGGCGGAGUUGCAGGAGGUGCGGU